CACUAUAAAUACAUGGGCUAAAUGAUCGAUAAGAACACACCAAGGAAAAACAAAGAGAGAAGAAAAAAAAUUAAAAGAGCAUAAAAGAAGAAAAGAAAAUGACUAGCAUGGAUGAGAAAUGGGAAGAACUUAGUGGGAAAAACAAUUGGGAUGGGCUAUUAGAUCCAUUAGAUGUUGAUCUUCGUAAAUACAUCAUUCAAUAUGGAGAAUUGGCUCAUGUAACUUAUGACACCUUCAUCGAUGAUAAGGCAUCAAAAUAUGCAGGAGCUAGCAGAUACGCGAUGGAAAAUCUUUUUGCAAGAGCUGGACUUGAUCCAUCGAAGUAUAGAGUAACCAAAUACUUCUAUGCUACCUCUUCCAUGCCACUUCCUGAUGCUUUCAUUCUAAAAUCAUGGUCAAGGGAAGCAUGGAGUAAGGAAUCAAAUUUUAUGGGGUAUAUUGCUGUGGCUACUGAUGAGGGUAAAGUUACAUUAGGAAGGAGGGAUAUUGUGGUUGCUUGGAGAGGAACAAUUCAGACACUGGAGUGGGUUAAUGACCUUCAGUUUUUACUUAUCCCAGGACCAAAAAUAUUUGGUGAUGGGGGUUUGGUUCCUUUGUUCCAACCAUUGGUGCAUCAUGGCUUCUACGGUAUUUAUACAUCUGAGGAUCCACGAUCAAAGUUUAAUCAAGCUAGUGCUAGAGACCAGGUCCUUGAAGAAGUGAAAAGAUUGGUCGAGGAAUAUAGGGACGAAGAGGUCAGUAUAACAGUGGCUGGCCAUAGCUUAGGUGCAUCACUUGCAACUAUGAAUGCAGUUGACAUCGCCUUCAAUGGUAUCAACAAAACAAGCACUGGCAAGGAGUUCCCAGUGACAGCUUUUGUAUUUGCAAGUCCUAAAGUUGGUGAUCUCAAUUUUCAAAAGGCAUCUUCCAAACUGAAAAACCUUCACGUCUUGAGAGUCCACAACUUAUUGGACAUUGUACCUAAAUACCCACCCGUUGGCUAUUUCGACAUUGGACAGGAGAUAGUAAUUGACACCACAAAAUCCCCCUAUUUGAAGGUGAAUCCUGGAGAUCCACACACUAGGCAUAAUUUGGAAGGGUACUUGCAUGGAAUUGAUGGUACUCAAGGAAUUGGACCUUUAGCAGGUUUUAAACUAGAGGUGAAUCGCGAUCUCGCACUUGUGAACAGGAUAUGGGACAUUCUAAAAGAUGAAUAUUUGGUACCUGGGGCAUGGUGGGUCGAGAAGAACAAAGGAAUGGUUCAGCAAGAAAAUGGUAAGUGGGUUCUGAUGGAUCGCGAGGAAUAUGACUUGUGAAAGAGAGCUAUGGUUUAAUUAAUUUUACAUGUACGUACGUCGCUUUAAUUUACUUCUCUUCAUGUAAUGUUGUAAUAAUAAAGGGGUUUCCUUGAGGUUGAAAAAGAGAACCAUAUGUAUAUAUUAUGGUUACUCUAAUAAUAUAUACGUAGUUGUCCUUUCGAAUUGUGGGUGAUAAACUUCAUUGUCAAUCUAUUUUCUAUAUAUGUCAACAUGUUUUCAUUUA